GCCUCCCCGGGCUGCGGCGAGCCCGGCCCGCGAGCGUCACUGCCCGCGCGCUCCCUCCGCCCUCCGGAGCUGCGCCAGCGGAAGGAAACCGAAACCAAAGCCCGCGUCCUGCCCGCGCCGCCCGCUCGCCGGGUGCCCGGGGUCCAGCUCUUCGGGCUGCUCCCGGGCGGCCUCGGCCGCGGCUCCUCCGCCCUUGCAGUCGGGUCGCCCGUGAGCGGCGCAGAAUGGGCAGGUGCUGCUUCUACACGGCGGGGACGUUGUCCCUGCUCCUCCUGGUGACCAGCGUCACGCUGCUGGUGGCCCGGGUCUUCCAGAAGGCCGUGGACCAGAGUAUCGAGAAGAACGUCGUGUUAAGGAACGGCACUGAGGUCUUCGACUCCUGGGAGAAGCCCCCCCUGCCCGUGUACACCCAGUUCUAUUUCUUCAACGUCACCAAUCCAGAGGAGAUCCUUCAAGGGGAGACCCCUCGGUUAGAAGAAGUGGGGCCGUACACCUACAGAGAACUCAGAAACAAAGCAAAUGUUCAGUUUGGAGAUAAUGGAACAACAAUAUCUGCUGUUAGCAACAAGGCCUAUGUUUUUGAACGAAACCAAUCUGUUGGAGACCCUAAAAUUGACUUAAUUAGAACAUUAAAUAUUCCUGCAGUGACCGCUAUGGAAUGGUCCCAGGUGCACUUCCUGCGGGAGAUCAUCGAGGCCAUAUUGAAAGCCUAUGAACAGAAGCUCUUUGUGACGCGCACAGUUGACGAAUUGCUCUGGGGCUACAAAGAUGAGAUCCUGUCCCUCCUCCACCCUUUCAAACCUGACAUCUCUCCCUAUUUUGGCCUGUUCUAUGGGAAAAAUGGCACUAAUGAUGGAGACUAUGUUUUUCUAACUGGGGAAGACAAUUACCUUAACUUUACAAAGAUUGUGGAAUGGAAUGGAAAAACGUCACUUGACUGGUGGACAACGGAGAGGUGCAAUAUGAUUAACGGCACAGAUGGAGAUUCUUUUCACCCGUUAAUAACCAAAGAUGAAGUCUUGUAUGUCUUCCCAUCUGAUUUCUGCAGGUCAGUGUACAUAACUUUCAGUGACUUUGAGAGUGUGGAGGGACUGCCUGCCUUUCGGUAUCGCAUGCCCCCAGAAAUACUAGCCAACAGCUCCGACAAUGCUGGCUUCUGCAUUCCUGCAGGAAACUGCCUGGGCUCAGGAGUUCUGAAUGUCAGCAUCUGCAAGAAUGGUGCACCCAUUGUUAUGUCUCUCCCACACUUUUACCAAGCAGAUGAGAGGUUUGUUUCUGCCGUAGAAGGCAUGCACCCCAGUAAGGAGAAUCACGAGACGUUCGUGGACAUUAACCCUUUGACUGGAAUGAUCCUAAAAGCAGCCAAGAGGUUCCAAAUCAAUGUUUAUGUCAAAAAAAUUGACGACUUUGUUGAGACGGGAGACAUCAGAACACUGGUUUUCCCAGUGAUGUAUCUCAAUGAGAGUGUUCUCAUUGAUAAGGAGACUGCAAGUCGCCUCAAGUCUGUGAUUAACACUACUUUGAUUAUCACCAACAUCCCGUACAUCAUCAUGGCACUGGGCGUGUUCAUCGGAUUGAUCUUCACCUGGCUUGCGUGCAGGGGACAGGGGUCCAUGGAUGAGGGAACGGCAGACGAGAGAGCACCCCUCAUACGAACCUAACCAUCGCCUGAGCUUGGUGAGGGACCCUGGGAGCUGUUCUGCUUGGACCCGGCCGUGUGGGAACAUUCGACACUCUGCACACCGUUGCAGGACUGCUGCCUGUGGGGAGGAGGGAAAGACCAGUGCUGGCAAGUGAGGAGAACAUUCUGGCCAGAGGGGAGAGAACAGGCUGACAGGGCUGGCCACUGUGCUGGUUAAAUCAUGUGGUCUCUGAAAUUGUUUUUUCAUGUGUCUGGCAAGUAUUUAAUAAAUCUUGUAUAGUAAUUUUUUUGUUGCUGGGUGUGGGGUGUGGUAGCUCCAGAAUUUUGUGACCACUGUUGUGGAUAAAAUGUCUGCCUCACUUGUUCCUGCUGCUUGGUCUGACUCUCCCCACCAGGCUUCACUCAGCAGACUGCGCUCACCAUCCAUGUAGACCACUUUAUUGUACUCCGUUUCACUCCCGCAGAAGUAGGAGUUCAGAACCAGGGUAAAAUGGUAGCCUCCUGAUACAUCAUUCAAAUGCAUCUAAUUUCUUCUUUUAAAACAUUACACAUUGCAUUUUAUGCUAAUAUUCAAUUCAUAAUUCCUCUAGGGAAAUUAAUUCAGUCUUCCAACUACUUUUAUACUGGGUAGGAGUCAAGUGGGGAGGGACAGAGGGAGACUUGGUCGUAAUAGGCAAAGACUUGGUUGUAAUAGGCUCCUAAGGAUUUUUAACUUGUACUUUUGUGAACUGAGAGAAUGCGUAAAUAAUACUGGUGAGGAUAAGUACAAAUAUCUCAUGUAGCGUAGAACUAAAGCUAGUUAUGACACUUGUAAAUAGUUAACUGUUAUUUUUUAGUGAAAACGAUUUUGCUGUGGAAAGAUACUUCUGGGGAAACAUGAUCAGUAAUCGAUUUCUUUUCCCCAGUCGAGCCUGCCAAAUGGUGAGUCUGUAUUAAUUAACAAACUAUUGAGUGAUUAUUUGUAAAAUUAUGAAUAUAAGAAAUCUGUCCAUCCAUGUAAGGACGUCUGGUGAGACUAAAGAGACGUUUCUUCUAAGGCAGUUUUGGUAACACAUUCACGUUUUUUGUAAGUCCUUUCCUCAGACUUGGUUCCUUCCAGUCUCUCAUGGCUCAUUGUCACACACUGAAUAGAGAAACGUGCUCUCCACUCCCGUGAUGAUCAUUUUGCUGGCAGAAUGAUGGACGUUUAAGAUACUGUACAGGAAGUCCUUUAAAGAAAGGUCCCUGGGAACCAGAAGCAGAGCUACCUCUCUUCAAAAGACUUCUUGGUUCCAGUGUAACCUAAGUCAGAGGUUUCAGGAGCUGUCUAUAUCACAGUAUUAGCAUUCCAGAAUAUUUAAAAGCAUUUUCUUUGAUUCUCAAACUUCACCAUUCAUUUUUAACUGAGAAGCCUACACAGGUAUCUGGCAAAGUGCUUACAGAAUUUCUUAACAACAGAAUCAUUCUAAGGGAUUUUUUUUGGUCUAAAACUGGAUUUCAGUGUAAGCAAAUAAAGGGGAAAAAAUCACAGAUUUCACAUACAUAGCUUCUCAUCCCUGUGUGGAGGUAAUAAAUUGCUUUAAUGUAUGUAACGUGUAUGCCCAAUUUUUCCUCUCUCUACACUAAAGUAAUAUGUGAUAUGUGUCCCUUCUUGGAAGGGCAAUUCAUUAAACUCUCAAUUUUCUAUAAAUCAAGAUAGAACCUUUAGAUAUCCCGAUUCACCAGAAUGUGAAAAACGAAAUAAAAAAUCUUUGGUCUUUAAUAAUGUUAAAUACCUAGACUUUGAAAAUUUACCAAUAUUUAACUAGAUCAUUGGCAUACUUUAUUUAUGUAUGAACUUAUCCACACCAAUAAAACCAACAGGCCUGUGCAUACUUACUUGCUCAGUCCUAUUAUCAGGGUCUAACCAACUGUGAGGAGGAAACUUUGAUACUGUAAAUGGUAACAGUUAAUGAGGUUCACACUUGGACUGAGUCCCACAUGGGCAGAGACCAAAAACACAUUAAUUCCAUACUUGUGUCAUGAUUCUUAAUAGUUACUUGGCCCAAAUCACAUUUGCUAUCUCCCUUUUGAAAAGUGUGAGGCAAACCUAUAAUCUGCUUUCUAAGUUAUAGACUGGUUAAGAAUAAUAAUGGACCUAGUCUUCUCUUUGGUUUCAGGUUAAAAAUAAUGAACUAUUCCUUGCUCGUCCUCUUGUAGCCAUUAUCCUGGACAGACCCCAAAGACUCUGACCGUCAGCAUUGUCACACCAGAAAGAGCAGGCACCCCCUGUCCUGACGCUCCAUCUAGAGAGGGAGAAGCCAGGCAGACAGCUUCACUCGUUUCUCUCAGGGCAAACUGGAAGAUGGCAUUGCACUGAUAGCUCCAGCUUUCCCCCACUAAACUUUAUUUCCUUAUGUUCUAGAAAGAUCACUGAUGGCCAAGUGGAGCAAGUACUACACGACUAACCCCUAUCGGGGUUUUUUACUUAAGGGAGGCUACUUUUUAAUUUAAACUGUUCUAGAUAGGAAUUCUGCAAAAGGGGAUGCUCGCACUUGGCCCUCUGGGCAUUGACUGGAGUGAAUGUGCCUGUUAAAGAGAAUACUGACCAGAAUGCUCUUCAUGUAGCUUACACAUUUGGUUCAUUUGAUGUGAUUCUUGACAUGUUUAUUUCUACCCUUAAUGCAAUAAAAUGUUUCACUAAUAAAAAAAACUUUA